UAGCGGAAAGCGGGAGCUGUGCCUCUGGCAGACCAAAGCUGAAGUUCGUCAGAGGGGAGGGGAUGGAGAUGGGAAUGGGAGAGGGAGAUAUGUUGUGGAGAGAGAAAUGGUGUGGUAGCAGUGUUGAAUUUCUCGAAUGUGACGUUAGCCUCUGAGAAUAGCGCGCGUUCGUUGGGGAGGGUGAAAUUGCUGCCGGAAAAGUGACGUCAGUGGGGACAGAAUGACGCCUGAAGUUGUCAAUGAGCCGAAUUUCGAGAAGCAGAUGCGGAAACAGAUUGGCUGUAUGGCUGGUUUUCUGCAGAUCUUUGAUCGCCACCAGAUUAUGAUCGGAAAGCGCCUCUAUUCAGCCAAGCGACUCACUCCUUCGCAGUCUGCUGAUUCAACGUCGGAAUCGGAUAAAUCGCCUCCUGCAUCACCGGCGUUCUCUGGAGAUUUAGGAAAGCGAGUGCACUCGUACAACGCGGCGGCGCCGAGUCCUUCAAAAGGAAAGCAGAUUACGGUGGGCGAGAUGCGAUCGCCGAUGGCAGCCACUGCGGCGGAGUUGAAGUCUAAAUCGUCUCGUCCAUUCUCGAUUGUCGAAUUGAAGGAAGGCAACAGGUCUCCGUGGAAGUUUGGCAAGGAUGCCCCAAGGCUCUCGCUCGACAGCAGAGCUGCUACUGAUGCGAAGGGCAGCCUCUACCCGACGGACGGAAGCCAACACCAUCGGUCUCCUAGCGUCAUUGCUCGACUUAUGGGGCUAGAGCCAUUGCCGGACGCACCUGGUUCUGAAUCCGAGAGGAAACCGGAGCUCCGGAGAUCCGCAUCGGAAUCGAGAGUCUCAAAGGAUCUUAACCACUCUCGAAUCAGUAAUGACGGAAGCAAUUUCUACUUCAAACAGCAAAUUCAAUCGCCUUCCACCAAUUUCAACAAUGCGGUGAGAGACGAAACUCCAAUCGGUUCACAUUAUGCAGAUCAGAAGAAUCACCCGCUCAAAAAUGGCAACAAGACCGAACGGAUUAGAUGUUUGAACAAAGGAUACCCGAAUUCAACGCCGCCAUGGGGAGGUGGAGCUCCGCCACAGCGCAAAAGCUUCUUCGAUUCAGGGGACAUCUUUCCGGAGCCGAAACAGACCGUGUCAAUCUACGGAGAGAUUGAGAAAAGAUUGAGAACAGUAGGUAUAAACGAGCAAUCCACGGAUUUAGAGACCUUGAAGCAAAUCCUCGAAGCUCUUCAACUCAAAGGACUUCUUCAUCCCCAACAACCGUCUCAUCAAAGUCAAGUACGCCACCGCAACUUUGUCUACGAUGAAUCACCAAUCAUCCUGCUGAAAUCGUCCGGUGCAACCCCUACAAACCGCCGGAUGGGAAAUGACUACUCGUCCUCAAAUGUUAGAAGCCAACUCCGUGGCAUUCGCAGAAAUUACGCCCCCACCGGAGAAACUUCCCCGUCGCAGAGCCCGCAGAUGGAGCGAAAUGUAAGAAGUCCAACACGUUCAACUGCAAGUCGUAGCUCAAGCCCGAAUAUACGUAGAAGUGAAGGCAAUGCAAGUCCGAGGCGGUUAAACAAUGCUGCCAAACCUCUCCCAUCUCCCAUGGAAUCACAGAGGAAAUUGAACCAACCACCACCGAAUCGCAGGCCUACUCCAGUUCAUUCUCCAAAGAUUAACAGUAACCGAUCCUCUAGUAGCAAAAAAUCUGCAGCGGGGAAUCACCAGAAGGAGAAGAUAACUACUAUCGUCGUUGAGGAUGAAUAUUCGUCCGCCUCGGGGAGCAGUUCAGCUGAAACAGAGAGAUCAAAUUGGGAGGACCACAAAGAGAAGGAGAGCAGGGGGUUGCUAGAGAGAUGCGAUAAGCUGCUUCACAGCAUAGCAGAAAUGGCCGCAAGCGAUACGCAGCCGAGCCCAGUGUCCGUACUGGACCCAUCCCUCUACAAGGACGAGGUGUUGACUCCUCCAUCUCCGGUCACAACCAAGCGCAGCAUUAAUUUCCAAGAUCAAUUGGAUGAGGCCGAUGAAGAAAUCUGGAGCUCGGCGAUUUCCCCGAUCCGGUCCAAGUGCAUCGAAACAUCAGAUGACUCUAACUUCAUAUACAUUUCAGACAUCCUAAGAGCAUCUCAUUACCUCCCAGAUUCCAACAUCUUUCUUUUACUGGAGAAGCAGCAAUACCUGAAGGGGAACGACAUGUCCGAAUCCUCCAAAUUGAAAAGGAAACUAAUUUUCGACACUGUCAAUGAAAUCCUCGAUAGGUGCAAGUGCUUGCCUCCAUGGAACGACAAUGGCAGCAUUGCCACACCCUCUGGUGACAUGGUCUGGUCGGAAUUUCAAAGAAUUCAAGCAACCGAAACUUCUGAUGACUUGUUCGACACCAUCUGUGGCAUGUUGAAGAAGGACUUGGCCGGGGAUGCGGCCACCGGAUGGGGGAGUCAUUUGGUCCAAAUGUCUGAAGCAGUUUUGGACUUGGAACGACUCAUAUUCAAGGAUUUGAUCUGCGAAAGCAUCCAGGAUCUUGCGAUUUCAGCGUCGGCAUCUAGAGGUCCGAUGAUGUCUAGGAGGAAGCUGGUUUUCUGAUAUCCUAACGUUCAGGCAGAAGAUUUGUGUGUUUUUUCACAUGUGAGCGCAUUUAUUUUACUGCAUUUAUUGAACAAUUCUAACGGUCACUUUUCUCUCGUUUGCAAGAUGUAAAAAUUCGGGAAAAAAAAAUAUGAAAACACAUAUAUAUAUUAUGCUAUUUGUGAAAUACUAAUAGUUA